CUCUUAUCCUAUCCAUUCUACCCGCGCCCGUCCCUGUCGCCUUGGUCCAAGCACAGCCAGAAACCUACAGUCCGCCAAUCUCUCAAUUCCCUCGUCUGGGUCUUUGAACGUUGCAUGCAACCGUUUAAUGUCCUCCUUCAAUUCUGUGAGCUACAGUGGCAACACACCAGCUAAUACUAUUGAACACAGACAGCGUCCCUCGUCUCCUCUACCACCCAAAGAUUCUCUUUUCCAACACGCGCACCCACAACAUCUGCACCACGAUCAACACCAGCGUCCGCACCAGCAACAGCAGCAGGAAGCUCACUAUCCUCACCUGCAGCACGAGUACCCAUACUCUCAUCAACAGCGGGAUAUAUGUGAGAUGCAACGCAAUGUCAACUUGCUUCCCAACGCCGGCAAAAAACUGACGCUGGCCAGGAUCGAGGGCGAGGACGAAGAGUUGGAAGUCAUCGGCAACGGCAUCAAUGGUUCAUUCGAAUCCCGUUCCUCCAAAUCUCGACUCCUGAUGAGGUUACCCAAUCUUAAGUACAAUUAUCCAGAGGCGUCUGUGCAGAACUUCAGUCCUGGAACGAGUUUAAUAUUCAAUGCCUUUAAAGGACAUGGCGGGCUCCUGACCCAGCCGUACAUGGAAGAUACCUACGAAUCCACAAACGACAACGCGAACAGGCGAAUCCUUAACCCACUUUCUCAGGAAGCGGAUGUAGAACAGGAUUCCCGUCAACGUGUUAUUUUUGAGCAACGUGGGAGUAAUAGCUACUCCCCAUAUCAUCAUCAGCGGACGCUCGAGCACUCGCCCUAUCGCGCACCUCAUGAGCACCAGUUCCAUCCAUACCAGAUCAAUGGUCACAGCGGUGAAUUGAAAGACCACCGAGACUACCGUGAGCCGAGAGACGCUCGUGGAUAUAGCGAUCUGCGAGAGCGUGGCAGUCCAAGGAAUCGACCGGCCCAGCGGUCGCCUGGGAUGGCAUCUUCAUCAGCAACGGCGCCGCCCGAAUCAGCGGGUCCGUCAGCGGCACCGAUCGAACAGGGCUAUGAUAGCCGGAAUAGGAUAUCAAAUCACAGGAUAGCUGAAUACCACGAGCAUCUUCGGUCCCGCGGUGAUUUCCCGCCAUUCCCUCCAUCACAGGCACCGCAGCACACGAUGCUGGACCCAGCACACAUUAUAGCACCAUCGCACCCCACACAACCGGCGUCGCAAUAUUGGGACAAACGGAACAGUGACCUACCAGAUGCUGCUCGUCCGUAUGAACGCAACAAUAGUAGCGGCAGCAUCAACAGUCGCAACCCACUGUUUCAACCUGUACCACAGCAACGACAACCAGUGGAUACGUGGGAAGGCCCUCCUGAUCACCAGCCACCCUAUGCAACCCCCGCUAUUGACAUUCCACUGCCGCGUAAUCAGGGCUCCGUCAACUAUGCCGGCGACUUUGACCAUCGCGACUCUGUAGAUAGCGGCAUGCAGGAUCGGCAGGAUCGGCAGCACCAAUUUUACAUGCAGCAACCACAGCCUUCAAUGGCUGGUGGAUCUAUGGGGUCGCCGGGUUUUCGUGCACCUUUUAGUCCACGGACAGCAGGCCCUCGCUAUUCGUUUUCGCGGAUCAACUAUCGCAUGAUUUUCGAAUAUGCAAGCGAGAUUCGGGAGUGCUUGAUCAAGGGCAAGGUUGGCACGACCGAUCGACUCCUGUACAAUGCUGAAAUUUUGAGCAAAGUCUUUAUGGGUUGCCGAUCUGACGUUGAUCCAAACGCACCAGCUGAGGAGGAAACGCAGGCUCUCAAUCCACAUCAACUGCGAUGUACAUCUUGUAACAUUGUCAAGACACCAGAGUGGCGAAAAGGACCUCUAGGUCCUCGAACGCUCUGCAACGCGUGUGGGCUGAGUAAGCAUUCAUCGCACUUCGGGAUUACGAGAGAUGAGCAUGGGUAUUGUGCACCGUACUCACCAAGAGGUCUGCUGGCUUUUUUCGUAUGGUAAACAAUAGUCUGGGGCAAAAUGUCGCGGAACAAAGCUGCACUGGUGGCAAAGAACAAAUUAGAAUUGUCUUUGAAAGCAGAGCCACCUGCCAAUACAGAGGAUACACAGAUGACCGAUGC